AUGAGGAAGGCGGAAGAAUCAGGAGCGACGGCGUGUCAGAUCAACUCAGAAGGCACAUUGCCCGGAUCUCGCAGCGACAAGAUCCAGCUGCGAGGCAACGAAAGCAUUGAUGAUCCGAAGGAGGCCGGUCAGGAGUCGGUGGUGGUAGAGCGCAAGGGCGACCACGCCGCCAUCUGCAAAUGGACCAUCGCGCAGUUCGGGAAAGUCAAGGCGCGCGCGCUUUGGAGCAAGUAUUUCGAAGUAGGGGGGUUCGACUGCCGGCUGCUCGUAUACCCGAAAGGCGAUUCGCAGGCUUUGCCGGGGUACAUAUCGAUUUAUUUGCAGCUGACGGACCCGCGCGGGACAGCUAGUAGCAAGUGGGAUUGCUUCGCGAGCUACCGGCUUUGCGUGGUGAACGUGAAAGAUGACAGCAAGACGGUGCAGCGGGAUUCGUGGCACCGGUUUUCAGGGAAGAAGAAGUCGCACGGGUGGUGCGACUUCACGCCGUCGUCGGUCGUGCUGGAUUCCCGCGCGGGGUUUCUGAUGACUGACGCGGUGCUUAUAACGGCGGAGAUUCUCAUUCUUAACGAGUCCGUGUCGUUCUCGCGCGACAACGAGGUGCUCGCGUCGUCGAUUACUCCCGCUACCGGGGAGGUUGUUAGCGGGAAAUUCUCGUGGAAAGUUCACAACUUCUCGCUGUUUAAGGAAAUGAUUAAGACGCAGAAGAUCAUGAGUCCCGUGUUUCCUGCUGGGGAUUGCAACCUCCGUCUGAGCGUCUACCAGUCGUCCGUCAACAACGUCGAUUACCUCUCCAUGUGCCUCGAGAGUAAAGACGUCGAUAAAUCGUCCGGCCCGGAGCGCAGCUGCUGGUGCCUGUUCCGCAUGUCGGUGCUGAACCAACGGCCGGGAUCGAACCACGUGCACAGGGACUCGUACGGCCGAUUCGCAGCGGACAACAAGAGCGGAGACAACACGAGCCUGGGGUGGAACGAUUACAUGCGCAUGGCGGAUUUCGUCUCCGCUACCGCGGGGUAUUUGGUGGACGAUACGGCGGUGUUCAGCGCGUCGUUCCACGUCAUCAAGGAGUCGAGCACGUUCUCCAAGAACCCGUCGCUGCCGGGCGGGCGCGGCAGCAACGUGAAGAAGGGCGACGGGUACUUCGGGAAAUUCGUGUGGCGGAUCGAUAACUUCACGCGGCUGAAGGACCUGCUGAAGAAGCGCAAGAUCACGGGGCUGUGCAUUAAGAGCAAGCGGUUCCAGGUCGGCGGGCGCGACUGCCGCCUCAUUGUUUACCCGCGAGGUACGGUUGCGCUGCGCGUGCGGUGUGCACUGCUUGUGAGGAGUGCACUAGCUGUGAGGUAUACACUAGUCGUGGUAGGGUCUUGUCGGGUGAAGUUUCCUGUGCCGAAUUUCGCUUUGCUGUUCUCCGCGUUUACGUACAUUUCCCCCCUCCCCAAUUCUGCGUUCGUCGCGCCGUCUCUUCCGCCGUUUUCUCGCACUUUUAUCGCUUUUCACCAGCUCACUACGACCCUCCCGUCCCUUUCCGUCGCCGCCUUUCUCGCCUUGCCCGCCGCUUCUGUUCCCUUCCCCCUGUUCCCCGUCCGCCAUGCACCGAAUUCCACCCGCCCAGACCAGACGCAGCCGCCGUGCCACCUAUCGAUGUUCCUUGAAGUCACGGAUUUGCACGUGCCCUCUGCCCUACCCGAAGUUACUCCCGUAUCCCUCCUUAUCCCCCCAUUUCCCCCUACUUCCCCGCUGUUUCCCCCAUAUCCCUCCGACCACACCCGCGCAGGCCAGUCGCAGCCGCCGUGCCACCUGUCCAUGUUCCUCGAGGUCACGGACUCGCGCGUGCCAGCAGCCGACUGGAGCUGCUUCGUGAGCCAUCGCCUCUCCGUCGUCAACCAGCGGCAGGAGGACCGGUGCGUCGCCAAGGAGUCGCAGAACCGCUACAGCAAGGCCGCGAAAGACUGGGGCUGGCGCGAGUUCGUUACCCUCACCUCGCUCUUCGACCUAGACUCGGGGUUCCUUGUAUCGGAUACUGUGGUGUUCUCCGCGGAGGUGCUUAUACUGAAGGAGUCGUCGUUUCUGUUCGAGUAUACAGACGAGGGGGCGGCGUCCCCCGCGGGGCUGGUGGGGAUAGGGGGCGCGGGGACGGCGCAGCUGAUUGCGGGGGGCGCCAUGGACGUGACAGGCGCGAAUAAGAUCGCCAAGCGCGGCGUGUUCACGUGGAAGGUGGAGAAUUUUCUGGCGUUCAAGGAGAUCAUGGAGACGCGCAAGAUCUUCAGCAAGUUCUUCUCCGCUGGCGGCUGUGAUCUCCGCAUUGGCGUGUACGAGUCGUUUGACACGCUGUGCAUCUACCUGGAGAGCGAUCAGGCGAUGGCGGGAGCAGGGCCGUCCACAGCCACCACCAUGGCCGCGACGGACAUGGACAAGAACUUCUGGGUGCGCUACAAGAUCGGCAUCGUCAACCAGAAGGCCGCGGAGGCGAGCGUGUGGAAGGAGGCGAGUGUGUGCACGCGCACGUGGAACAACAGCGUGCUGCAGCUCAUGAAGGUCGCGGAGCUGCUGGACCCGGAGGGCGGGUUUCUCGUGCGCGACACGGUUGUUUUCGUGUGCGAUAUCCUCGACUGCUGCCCCUGGUUCGAGUUCUCGGACCUCGAGGGGAUUGUGGGGCAGGGGGUAGUGGGGGGCACGCGCACGUGGAACAACAGCGUGCUGCAGCUCAUGAAGGUCGCGGAGCUGCUGGAUCCGGAGGGCGGGUUUCUCGUGCGCGACACGGUUGUUUUCGUGUGCGAUAUCCUCGACUGCUGCCCCUGGUUCGAGUUCUCGGACCUCGAGGGGAUUGUGGGGCAGGGGGUAGUGGGGGGCACGCGCACGUGGAACAACAGCGUGCUGCAGCUCAUGAAGGUCGCGGAGCUGCUGGAUCCGGAGGGCGGGUUUCUCGUGCGCGACACGGUUGUUUUCGUGUGCGAUAUCCUCGACUGCUGCCCCUGGUUCGAGUUCUCGGACCUCGAGGGGAUUGUGGGGCAGGGGGUAGUGGGGGGCACGCGCACGUGGAACAACAGCGUGCUGCAGCUCAUGAAGGUCGCGGAGCUGCUGGAUCCGGAGGGCGGGUUUCUGGUGCGGGAUACCGUGGUGGGGCGGUGGGGCUGGCAGGGGGCAGCGGGAGGGGGCAGUGGGACAGGGGGCGGUGGGGCAGGGGGGAGUGGGACAGGGGGGAGUGGUGCGCGAUACCGUGGUGUGAUGAUGUCCGACGAGGAGGAAGACGAGGAGGAGGAGGAGGACGAGGAGGAGGACGAGGAUGGGGACGGGCUCAGCACAGACGGGGAAGAGCUGUUAGAUAGUGAUGACGGGGAGGUGGGCUUGGGCGGACCAGGAGGCCCGGGGGGUGCUGGAGGGUUGGGGACCAUGCCUUCCUCCUCCUCCCUUGCCCCGCCCUCCUCCGCCGGUUCUGCUGCCGCCGUGGCGGCUUCUGCUGCUGCCUCUGAUGCUGCGUCUGCCGCUGCUUCUGGUGGUGGUGGUGGGGGGUCGUCUGGGGCUGUGACGGGAGGGGCACCGGCGGGGGCGGCGGGGGGUUUGAUGGGGGACGAGGAGGAUAUUUUCCGCUCGCUGCUGGUGCGCGCAGGGUUCCAUCUGAGCUACGGGGACAGCUCCCCCCUGCUGCUGGAUCCCACGCAGCUGCAGGUGACGCUGCGGGAGAAGCUACUCAUGGAUGCGGGCGCAGUGGCCACCUUCCUGGGCGGCCUGCGCACCUACCUGGACGACCCUACUAAGAUCAAGCGCCUCUUCCUCCCCCCCGCGCAGCCCGCCUCCGCCUCUGCUUCCGCUUCCGCCCCGGCCGGCGCGUCUGGCGCGGGGGGAAGAGGCGGGUAUGGCAAGGGAGGGAGGGGCGGGCAGCAGCGAGGGCAGAACCAGGGCCGGGGGGGACAGGAGCAGGGGGGAGCGCAGGGGCAGGGGCAGGCGCAGGGGCAGGGGGGAGCACAGGGCCAGGGGCAGGGGGAGGGGGAGCAUCCGUCGCUGGUGAAUCUGCUGAUGGGGGUGAAGGUGCUGCAGCAGGCCAUAGUGGACUUGCUUUUGGAUAUCAUGGUCGAGUGCUGUCAGCAGCGCGCACCCUCCCAGAGCGAUGCAGACACAGGCCGCCUCUUUGGCACAGGUGAGGAGUUGGGAGUGGUGAGGAGUGGUGAGGUGAGCAGUGGGGAGUGGUGGGGAGUGGUGAGGUUAGUAGACUUGCUGCUGGAUAUCAUGGUGGAGUGCUGCCAGCAGCGCGCGCCCUCCCAGGGCGACGCAGACGCUGGCCGUCUCUUUGGCACAGACGACACUGCAACCUCCCUCCCCACUCUUCCAGUCCCCAUCCCUUCCGCCACCACGCCUCCGCUCGCCCCGUCCGCCUGCACCCCUCCGCCAUCCCUCCCCGCGUCAGCCCCCCCUUCCGCCCCCGCCACCCGCGAGGGGAAGCGCGGGGGCGGCGGGGGCGCGGGUGGCGCGUCAGGGGGGCGGAGAGACGCCGCGGAUUCCGCCUUCCAGGAGCUGUCAGUGGCGCAAAGGCUAGAGCAGGGGCACGGGGGAGCGGGGGGAUCCGACGCGGCCGUGCAGAGCAGCAGCUAUGGCAGCGGAUACGGGGUUAAUGGGGGUGGGGGGGGACGGCGGGGCGGAAGCAGCACAAGCAGUGGGGGAGGAGGGAAGGGAGCGAGCGCGGGGGCAGCAGGGGGCGUGUUGGGAUCAGGGGGGAGUGGCAGCAGCAGCAGUAGUAGUGGGGUUGUGACGGGGAGUGGUGCUGGGGAAGGGUUUGGCGCGCAGGUGGGGGGGAAGGGCGCGGGGGGGAGGGUGAAUGCAGUGGUGGAGGGGGAGAGCAGCAGUAGUGGGUCUGCAGUGACCAGUAUCAAAUGGCCGGAGCAGGCAGACGAGCUGCUGGGCAUCAUAGUCGACUCGCUCCGCGCCCUCGAAACCGCCGUGCCGCAAGCCCAGGCCUACCCAUACCCCGACCCGCCGCUGCGGCGCCGCCCGCACUCCGCCCGCAAGGUGGCGAUGGUGCUGGAGCACGCGCCCCGGGCCUUCCAAGCCGAGAUCCUAGGCUUGGUGCCGAGGCUGGUGGAUGUGGAGGAGCAUGGCGAGGCUGCAGCGGCGCUGCUGCAGCGACUGAGACAGCCCAAUGCCGAGCCCAUGAUGCAGCUGCCGGUGGUGGGAGCGCUGGUGCAGAUGGAGUUAGACCCGCUCACCUGGUCGCUGGUACUCGAGGAGGCGGUGCUGCUGCUGCCACACACCACCGACGAUGCCCUUGCUGCCGCUCUCAGCUUCGUGCUUAAAGCUGCCGCCGAGUGCCAGCAGCUCGCCCCUGCUGUGCGGGCAGUGCGGGAGCGGCUGCAGCAGCUGGGUCCCGCCGUCUCCCCGCGCGUACUCCACGCCCUCCGAGCCUCUGUAGUGGCCCGCGAAGACAUAGCCAUGGCCAUGCUGAGAGACAUAGACGCCGACACGCGCCCCUUCAACCCACACCUCCUCUCCUCCGCAAUGGCUGCGGCAGCCGCGUCCCUCCCCUCGCUGCUGCCCAUGGCCCAGAUGGCGUCUAUGGGGCAGAUAGACCUCUCUCACUUGCAGCACUCGCUCACGCCUGAAGCUCUAGAGAGUCUCGCUGCGUUUGCCUCGGCCUCGGCUAACAGUGGGACUGCUGCGGCUGCUGCGGCGGCGGUGGCGGCUGCAGCAGCUGGAGGGGGGAGUGCCGGGGUGAUGGCGAGCGGGGGCGGUGGUGGUGGAGUUGGAGGUGGGGUGGCAGGGGCAGGGGGUAGCGCUUCUGCUGGGGUGUCCGCGGGGGGAUCUCCUGGGGGCGCGUUUACCAGCAGCGCUGCUGGUGGGGUUGCAAAUUCUCUGACCGCGUUCUCCCCCUACUCCUCCUCCCCCGCCCCGGCGCUCCCCUCGUCUUCUCCUGCAGCUGCCGCGGCAGCAGCAGAGCUCCAGCUGGCAGCAGCACAGCAGGCUGCUGUCAUGGCAGCAGCAGCCGCCGCCUGCUGGCGUGUCGCUGACGUGGACAUGCUGAUGGAGAUGCUGACGCUGCCACGUCUGCGCGGGAACGCGCAGGCGGUGUUUGAGCGGGCGGUGGCGCGAGGGGCGUUUGGGGAGCAGGCGAUGGUGAUGGUGCUGGAGAGGCGCCGGUCUCAGCAUCUUGCCUCGCUGUCUGCUGCAUCGGCGGGAGGAGGGAUGGACGGGAUGGAUGGGAGUGGCAUGGCGGCGGGUGCUGCUGGGUUGCCGGCCCUGACGGGAUCGGCGACAGGUGGGAGUGAGGUAGGGGGGGAUGAGCAGCAGCAGCAGCAGCAUCAGCAGCAGCAGCAGCAACAGCAGCAGCAGCCGCAACCCCAGCAGCAGCAGCAGAGGCAGCAGCAGGGGAAGCAGCAGCCGGCGCAGCAGCUUUCUCGAAAGAAAAGGCGACAGCAGCAGCAGCAGCAACAGCAGCAGCAACAGCAACAACAGCAACAGCAGCAGGAACAGCAUGAGCGGUGUCUCGAGCCCUGCAGCUCCACUUGCACCGCCGGAGCAGCAGCCGCCGCCGCAGCAGCAGCAGCAGCAGGGGCAACCAUCACCCCGUCCUCUUCCCCCGCCCUCGACCCCUCUGGAAACGCCCUUGUCCCGUCCAGCUCCUCAGGGCUAGGCACCGGCCUGGAAGACACGGAUUUCCCCACAGUGAUCGGGCUCGCAGAGGCGCUGGCGAUGAGUGAGGAGCAGCGCGUGCGGGAGUUUGUGGGCACGCUGUAUGCGGUGCUGUACAAGGUGUAUGGGGACGCAGGGCGCAGGGAGAGGAUAUUGAGAGGGCUUGUGGCGCGAGUGACGAGCUGCCAGCGAGGCGCGCCGGAAGGGGAGCUUGCUGAAUCUGGGUUGUGCCUUUGCUUGAUGGGUGCGCUGUGUGCGGUGCGGGUGGUGCCGGAAGGGCAGCUGGGUCUUGACGACCUCUUGUUCCUCGCGCAAGAGGAGGGGGUGGCGCGGCCAGUGCUGUCUCUCAUGCGCGAGGCGGCUGACGUGGCGGUGCAGGAGAGGGCAGUGGUGUGGCAGCAGCUGCAGGCCACGGAGGGGGAGUUGCGGGCGGCGAGGGCGGAAGGGCAGGGGCAGGUGGAGCGGCACGGGCGGGAGAAGGCGAGCCUGCAGCAGAAGCUGAGCGAGGCUGAGGCGUCUGUGGGGAAGCUCAAGGUGAGAAACGGGUGGUGUUGGGGGCAGGAAGCUUUGGGGUAUGGGGACUGGGCUGGUGUAGUCAAAACGCUCUGGCAGGUGGAGCGGCAUGGGCAGGAGAAGGCGAGCCUGCAGCAGAAGCUGAGCGACGCAGAGGCGUCUGUGGGGAAGCUCAAGGCUGAGGUGAAGGCGGAGGCAGGGAAGGGAGCGAGCGAGAGGAGGGAAGCGGUGGAGCGGCUGAGGGAGAUGGCGGGCGCAGCUGAGCUGAAGGCUGAAGCAGAGAAGGGAGCGAAGGAGAGGCGCGAAGCGGUGGAGAGAGUGAGGGAGAUGGAGGGCGCGGUGGAGUGGGCCAAGGCGGAGAAGGACGACGCGGUGAGCAAGCUGGCGGGGGAGAAGCGCCAGCUGGCGGAGCGGCUGAGGGAGAGCGAAUCGCAGCUCACGCAGCUCAAGUCGCGCAAGCGGGAGGAGCUCAAGAAAGUGGUGAAGGAGAAGAACGCCCUGGCAGAGCGCCUCAAGGCAGCAGAGCAGGCGAGGAAGCGGUUCGAUGAAGAGGUCAAGCGCUUUGCCACGGAAACCGUGUCUCGCGACGAGGCUCGGCAGUCCCUGGAGGAGGAGGUUCGGCGGCUGACGCGGACGGUGGGGCAGACGGAGGGGGGCCUGCGCGAGAAGGAGGAGCAGGUGCAGCGAUACGAGGCAUACAUUGAUGGCAUGGAGGCAAAGCUGCAUGCCCACCAGGAUUAUAUCCAAACCCUGGAGGCAUCUCUUCAGGAGGAGAUGUCUCGGCACGCGCCGCUGUAUGGCUCUGCAGCAGCGUCAGCCUCACAAUCUCUCCUCGUUGCGCCUGCCCUGGGUGCUCUCUAUCUCUCCAACCGUCCCACACCCUCGCACCCCGGGGCCAUGCCCUCUUUACCCAUGCCUGCUGCUGGCUUGGCCGGACCAGGUGUUGCCGGCCCUGCUGUGGCUGGGGUUCCAGGGAUGGGGCCCGGGAUGGGAGCGGGAGUUGCUGCUGCUGCUGGAGUGGGAAUGGGCAAUCGGCCUGUUCAUCCUGCAAACGGCUUGCCGCCGCAUGCGCUGAGUCAUCCGGCCAGCGGUCUGACUCAUCAUGCUGCGGUGGCUUGUGCUGUUCCUGGUAGCAGAGUGCCUGCUGUGGCCUCGGCCAAUAGCAGUCUGCCUUCCACCAGUGGGCCGCAGACGAAUGGGCCGUUGGGUCCUUGGUUUGCUUCUCAUUAG